CGAUUUCCUGGGGCUUGUAGCACUAACGCAGAGGGAGGGUGACGUAAAGUCAACGUCCCUCUCUGCUGGGAGACGGGAGGACUCCGAGAAGGAGCGAGGAUGGCCGCGAGAGAAAGAGGGCUGACUUCUGGGCGGCGCUAAGUCUGGGCGGGGACGAGGUCACCGCCGAGGCUUCCAGUGGAGUCUAAGGAGGCCACGUCUCGCUCCCCGAAAGUAUAGCGGCCGCCCCGGGUUUUCCAUACUCAGGGCCUCCAGACAUGUCCGAGGUGAAGAACCGGAAGAAGUCGGGGCCCAAGGGAGUCCCCGCCGAUCCCGGGAAGCGGAGCGAGACCGGAAAGAGCCCAGAGUCCCGGGACGGUGGAGGUGGGGGCUGGGUGGACCUCCGGACUGGCGUGAGCCUCCUGUCACUAGGGAUGUGCCUGGGCUUGGCCUGGUUUGUAUUUCAGCAGGCAGAAAAGUUUGCAAAGGUGGAAAACCAAUACCAGUUAUUGAAAAUAGAAACCAAUGAAUUCCAAGGACUUCAAAGUAAAAUCAGUUUGAUUUCAGAAAAGCUUGAGUCUACUGAAAGUAUCCUGCAGGAAGCUACGUCAUCCAUGUCUUUGGUGACCCAGUUUGAGCAGGAAGUAUCCAGCCUCCAGCAUAUCAUGCAUGACAUUCAAAAUAGUGAAGAGAUGCUCACUCAAAAGAUGCAAAGCCUUAAUGAGAAAUUCCAAAAUGUUACUAAUUUCUGGAAGAGAAGCCUAGAAGAAAUGAAUGUUAAUACAGACAUUUUUAAGUCAGAAUCAAAGCAUAUACAUUCUCAAAUUACUGUCCAAAUUAACUCAGCUGAACAAGGAAUAAAAUUGCUCACUGAAAGGCUAAAAGAUUUAGAAGACAGCACACUCAGAAACAUUAGAACAGUGAAAAGACAGGAAGAAGAGGAUCUUCUGCGGGUGGAGGAGCAGCUGGGCUCUGAUACAAGAGCAGUUGAAAAGCUAGAAGAGGAACAGCAUGCUCUCUUUGCCAGGGAUGAAGACCUGACUAACAAGCUUUCCAGCUAUGAACCCAAAGUGGAAGAGUGCAAGACACAUUUGCCAACCAUUGAAAGUGCAAUUCGCUCUGUUCUCAAGGUGUCUCAGGAUCUGAUAGGGACAGAAAAGAAAAUGGAAGACUUAACUACUCAGAUUUUUAAUGUGGAAGAUGAUAUGCUGAAAGCUGUAUCUGAGAUCAUGGAGAUGCAGAAAACCCUUGAAGGACUUCAGUAUGAUAAUACCAUAUUAAAGAUGCAAAAUGAACUGGAUGUUCUGAAAGGAAAAGUUCAUGACUUUGCAGUAUAUUCGAGUACAAGAGAAAAGGGAGCUUUAGAAGAACGUAAUCUGGAAAAUAAAGGAAUUGAUAGUGAUUUUUAAAUGCACUACAUUUAUUCUGAUGAACCAUAUUAUUAUACAUAACUUGAUUAGUUCAUGCCUUGGCAUUGUUUGAUAACGUCUCACAUUAUCCUACAUUGUGAUAAAAGAAGUGAGAUUCUUUUAUCCACACAGAUUAUCCAGAUGAGCAAAACUUCUCUCUUUAAGCAAUAAAACACAAAAUUUAUUUUAUUUUAACCAUUUUAAAUAGAAAUAUUUUUAAAUAUAUAUUUCUCUACUUUUUAAAAAGCAAUAUACUUAAUAUUUUUAAGUGCUUUUCUAAUAAUUUAUAGUCAUCAUUACGAAUUUCAUCUAUUGGGCCAAAACAUAAUAAUGCCUCUAGGAGCUAAUGAGGAGAGUUUACCUCCUCACUAAAUGAUCCCAGUUUGCAAUUUUUCAAAUUUUAUAUCUGUUGUACUUCUACCUUUCCUGUCACAUUAAAAGGUGACCCACUGACCUGACUAGUGUCAGGUCGGUUGGUAAAAUGCCAGUCUCAGCCAGGUCUUCAUUUCCUUUGCAAUUUACUACAGGCUAAGAAUCCAGGCAACGAAGUUCAUAGGAAUUUUGUCUAAAAUAAAAGGUAUCAUGCCCAAGGGCAAGCCUGGGGUGCUUUGCUAUGAAUUAAUAUGCACUUUUUGAAAACAAUGGAACCUUGGAAACAUUUUUUUAACUUUUUGUUAAGGUUCUAAACUGUUACAGAUACUUGUAAGAAUUUUUAAAUAAGAGCAAAUACAGAGUGGGGCAAAUGUAGGUUUACAGCUGUGAGUAUGUGAAACAGUUUAUUAUAUUAUCACUUAUUAACUUGUAUUAUUUUCCACAUGAACAACUGUAAACCUACUUUUGCCCAUCUCUGUAUGUUUUUACUGAAGGUUUUUCCUAUGAAUUAAGUGUGUAUGCUUUUAAGUGUGGACUUUUGGAAUAUCUCUGCAUUGCUGGACUUUUUUUUUUUAAAAGGUUCUGACUGUAUUACAGACCCUUGAGUUUGCUAGAUACAGGAUCUCUAGAGAAAUCACACACCAAUAAGCCUGUGGCCUAUUUUAAAGAGGAAAAAGCGGCAAAAUGAGAAAUGAUGACAGACAGCCUGCCACCUCCCUAAUUCUCCAGCCUCACCUUUUUCCACUCCUUCCCUCCUUCCCUGCUCGCACUUUUACACUUAAGUUUCUGCCUGGAAUGCUCCCUCCUCUCCUUGAGGGUCUUUCUCAAACUUCACCUUCCCUUACCCCCUCCACCUGUGCCAGCCCCCGCCCCAUGUAAAACUGUAAGCUUCCAAUUCCCUAUCCCCUUAACAAACUGUGUAACAGAUUUCAUUAACUGUUAUCCCCAGAAUAAGUUAUAGGAAUGCAAGGAUUUAUCUCUUGUUCACUACUAUAUCCCCAAGGACCAGAUUGAUGCCAGUUAAGUCAAUAUUUAUAGGUGAAUGAAAGUGUCAUAAAUGACGCUUAAGAGAUGUUUGCUGGGCAGCUGGCUUGUUCCAAGUUUGUGAAAGUCAAGACAAGUAAGACGCUGUCCUGGCCUUUAAUGCACCAGCUAGAGAACUGCACCACAGCAAAAAUCUGCAACAUGGGGCUACAAACUGAGGCCAAGGGCAGAUGUGCCAAAUGCUCAUAGGAUGAGACCUCAGGGCUUUACCUUUCCGGGGACCAGUUCAGCUUCCCCCCAUCGCGCAGCUCUCCCUGUUCUCUGUAUUCCUAGGGUGUGGGGGGCGUUAGAGUUAGGUCACCAUCCAGAGGUGCGAUGCCCCUCCUCUUCAACACAGCCACAGGAUUUAAUGAAACAUUUAAAAGGCUCCGCUCUUCAGCCUCCGCCCUGUCUCCUUUGCCCCAGGGCCACUCCCCACAGUGGGCUGAGUACAUAAAAAAUAAAAUCAGAGAUGAUGAAAACUAAGGUAAUUAAAAGUACAUAAUUAUUUUAAAGAGUCUCCAAACUAAUUACCCAAAUUUGUUUCAUAUAGUGAUUUGAUUUUACUCAAAAGUCUAUAAUAGAGUCACAAGGCAUAAGACAUGGAUAUGCUGAUAUGUGGUUAAGCAGAGAUGUAGCUGUAUUUUUUGAAUAACCAUAAUCAGAAAUGUGCAGUCUUCUGGAACACAGGGACUUUUAUUGAUAAACUGAAGUAACAAGAGUGUCCAAACUUGGUGUUGAAAACUGAGUCAACUGCAUGUAGAAGACAAUAACCAACUGUAGUCCCAGUUUUAUAAUGCAAUUUCAUUGGAAUUCAGCAUAAAGGACUUGAAAGCAGUUGGCUAUAAAAGGUAGUUGUGGUCAGGUAGUUUUACUAUGUAAAUCUGCACAAAAUUCCAAACAAGUUCUGCUAUGGUAGACAGGCAUUGACCAUAAAAAUGGAAGAGUACUACUAUUAAAGAGGCAUAGCAUUAAUUUCUGGAAACAAAGUUAAAUUUCUUGAGUUCUGAAUUUCUAAUUUCAUGUCUAUGUGCACUGACAAAUUGUAUUUGUUUGCUUUUAUUUUCAUGCUAAUAAAACAUUAUAAAGUUAGCUGGAACUUUGUUCAUUCAACCUCCAUCCUGUAAGAUGAGAUGUGAUCUCUUGUAUUCUUUACUUCUACAUAUUUGUUUUUCUGGCCUGUCACUAUAUUUGAUACAUCGU